AAAGGAUCUGAGUCGGAAGAGACACUAGAAAUCACCCAAAGCAGCCGCCCCUGUCCAGCUUCCGACAAGUGACAGAACAUUCUUCACAAUCGAAAAGAAAAAGAAGACUCGUUCGGGAUGUUUGACGGCUAUGAUAGCUGCAGUGAGGACACAAGUAGCAGCUCCAGCUCCGAAGAGAGUGAAGAAGAAGUUGCUCCUUUACCUUCCAAUCUCCCAAUUAUCAAAAAUAAUGGACAAGUCUACACAUACCCAGAUGGUAAAUCUGGCAUGGCUACCUGUGAGAUGUGUGGGAUGGUUGGUGUACGAGACGCUUUUUACUCUAAAACAAAACGUUUCUGCAGUGUUUCUUGUUCAAGAAGUUACUCGUCGAACUCUAAGAAGGCAAGCAUUCUGGCCAGACUUCAGGGUAAGCCUCCAACAAAGAAAGCAAAAGUCCUUCAGAAACAACCUUUAGUUGCUAAAUUAGCUGGCUAUGCUCAGUAUCAAGCUACCUUGCAAAAUCAAGCAAAGACAAAAGCAGCCGUCUCCGUGGAAGGCUUCAGCUGGGGUAACUACAUCAACAGCAAUAGCUUCAUAGCCGCUCCAGUUGCUUGUUUUAAGCAUGCACCUAUGGGGACCUGCUGGGGUGAUAUCUCAGAAAAUGUAAGAAUAGAAGUUCCCAAUACAGACUGCAGUCUACCUACCAAAGUCUUCUGGAUUGCUGGAAUUAUAAAAUUAGCAGGUUAUAAUGCCCUUUUGAGAUAUGAAGGAUUUGAAAAUGAUUCUUCUCUGGACUUCUGGUGCAAUAUAUGUGGGUCUGAUAUUCAUCCAGUUGGUUGGUGUGCAGCCAGUGGAAAACCUCUCGUUCCUCCUAGAACUGUUCAGCACAAAUACACAAACUGGAAAGCUUUUCUAGUAAAGAGACUCACUGGUGCCAAAACGCUUCCUCCUGAUUUCUCACAAAAGGUUUCAGAGAGUAUGCAGUACCCUUUCAAGCCUUGCAUGAGAGUAGAAGUAGUCGACAAGAGACAUUUAUGUCGAACAAGAGUAGCAGUGGUGGAAAGUGUAAUUGGAGGAAGAUUAAGGUUAGUGUAUGAAGAGAGUGAAGAUAGAACGGAUGACUUCUGGUGCCACAUGCACAGCCCCUUAAUCCACCAUAUCGGAUGGUCUCGAAGCAUAGGCCAUCGAUUCAAAAGAUCUGAUAUUACAAAGAAACAGGAUGGACAUUUUGAUACACCACCACAUUUAUUUGCUAAGGUAAAAGAAGUAGACCAGAGUGGAGAAUGGUUCAAAGAAGGAAUGAAAUUGGAGGCUAUGGACCCAUUAAAUCUUUCGACAAUAUGUGUUGCAACCAUUAGAAAGGUGCUGGCUGAUGGGUUCCUGAUGAUUGGGAUCAAUGGCUCAGAAGCAGCAGACGGAUCUGACUGGUUCUGUUAUCAUGCAACCUCUCCUUCUAUUUUCCCUGUGGGUUUCUGUGAAAUUAAUAUGAUAGAACUGACUCCACCCAGAGGUUACACAAAACUUCCUUUUAAAUGGUUUGACUACCUCAGGGAAACCAGCUCCAUUGCAGCACCAGUAAAACUAUUUAAUAAGGAUGUUCCAAAUCACGGAUUUCGUGUAGGAAUGAAAUUAGAAGCUGUAGAUCUCAUGGAGCCACGUUUAAUAUGUGUAGCUACAGUUACUCGAAUUAUUCACCGUCUCUUGAGGAUACAUUUUGAUGGAUGGAAAGAAGAGUAUGAUCAGUGGGUAGACUGUGAGUCCCCUGACCUCUAUCCUGUAGGGUGGUGUCAAUUAACUGGAUACCAACUACAGCCUCCAGCAUCACAGUCAUCAAGAGAAAGCCAGUCAGCCUCUUCAAAACAGAAGAAAAAGGCUAAGUCCCAGCAAUACAAAGGACAUAAGAAAAUGACCACAUCACAGCUGAAGGAGGAGCUGCUAGAUGGAGAGGAUUAUAGCUUCCUCCAAGGAGCAUCUGACCAAGAAAGCAAUGGCUCUGCCACCUUCUACAUCAAACAAGAGCCAUGAGGUGGCUCAGAAACGAGGAGUGGGAGGGA